CGUAACAAAUAGUCGAAGAUAAGACCAAUAUACUGAUAAUUAUACAUUUCAUUGGGAAUUACACAAGACAACACGCGAUUUCGUACACCAAUAUAUCCAACAUGUUUGGUCGUAUUGUGUUUUUCUUUCAUGUUAUAACAUAUGCACGUGCAGAAUACAGGUGUGUCUGUAAUCUUGAUGGAGCAAGACAGGUUUUCACAAAUGCUGACAAUACUUCUUCCGUCCUCGGGUACCUUCCAUCAAAUGGCUGUCGUCAGUUUGCAUAUACCAUAGACGACACAUGGAACGCUAUUGUGUUCAUGCACCAGAUAGGAUUCAUUAGGUCCAACACAAGCAUGAUUCAGACCUGUCUUACUGAUCCAGUUGACACAUUUACAACAGAUACAACAACAGUGUCUACAUCCGCGACAAUAUCUACAACAACGCAUAGGGCUACGACAAAAACUACACAUUCGCAUUCGACUACACAUAAAACUACAAGGAGAACUACGCAUGCGCCAACUACCACAGCAACGGCUAGAGCUUCGACCAUGCCUUCAACUAUGUCAUCAGUAGCAGUUCCAGAAGGGUACAUUGGACUUUGCCCUGACCGCUUGAAAGGUGUGAACAACGCAUUCGGUGGCAAUAUAGGCCAGUAUGGGGUGCAUUGUUUGGAACUAGUUCAAGCAGGAACACAAUGGCACAACGCACGGAGUCAGUGUACGGUUGCCGGGCACGGAAGUCUGCUCGAGAUUCAUGAUCCUUGGAAGCAGGACUAUGUCUUGCGGUUUCUGGCCAACCACACAAAUGUUGACUCCAUCUGGCUCGGGCUUACAGACAGCGUAAAUGAAGGAUCUACAGCCGAAGGAAACUGGACUUGGGUAACAGGUGAACCAGUCGCAUACACUAACUUUGGUGCCGAAUACAAUGGCCACUCAAACGUUACCCACAAACUGAACGACUGCGUGAUUAUGAAGCAGGGUGGAGAAUGGACUGAUGUGCCGUGCGGAGUGGUAUUGCAGUCCGGCACAGGGUUUGGGGAAAGUCAUUUCUUCAUAUGUCAAUACAACGUGACUUCGAAGCCUCCAAACAUAUUCCAUGAACAACAUGGGCCUCCCCUCGUCAUCAUCGGAUGAAAUGUUGAAUGAGCGAGGAAGCCUGUGUCGGUGAAUGUGCGCGGCAUGGAGAGACGAUUUGCUGACAUUAAAUAACGUUGAAUAAGUCAACAUUAUAUGCUUAAUAAAGCACUAAACAAUG